GAUGAGUGAAAAAGAGACACAGACAAGAAUUGUUGUCCAUGUGAGACAACAAAUUAGGUGAUUUUCAACAGUGUGCGUCUCAGAGGAAUGUGUAGGUGGAGCAGAAGAAUCACAGGAGGAAACCGACCGUUCCAGUGUGUCUCUGUGACCGUGUGUGUGUGUUUUGUCUGCGGUGAAAAGCGUGUGAGAAGUCUCCUCUCGGUCGUAGAAAGUCCGUGACCGAUUGUUCACACAGUCCAAUGAUUGAAGUAACGAUACCAUCGAUGGAGCGGGAAGUGGACGAAUCGGGAAAGACGAAAAAGCUCUUCCGAGUCGAAGUCUUGUUUAAUGAGCGAAAACAUUAUGUGCUCAGGAGAAGCAGCGAAUUCCAGACACUGCAUAGAAAACUCAGGAAGAUCAUUCACACUCCUGAUUUACCGAGUAAAAGGAAUCCUCAUCUGAGGACCAAACCAGAGGAGCAGAGGAGGCAGGAGCUGGAAGAUUACAUCCAGGAUAUCAUCUAUCAAAAUGAAGACGUGCCACAGGUGCUGCUGGACUUCCUCCAUGUCAGACACUUUCACACAGGGAACAGGAUGAGCAGCAUGGAAUCACUUGACGAUCUGGACAGUCAGGAUUACAGUUUUUCGUUACCACAUCAGCGAGUCUUGGGUUUUUUUCAGGAUCCCUAUCUUUCUGACUACAUCUCAGAUCUUCCAGAUGUCGUUGUCGACGGAGUACUGCAGGGUUUUUAUCCUCGGGAUGUCCGUGUCACCUUCACUGCCCCCGCUCUCUCUGAGCCUGACCCCACUGCUCCUGAGAUUACUGUUACAUUGCAGUAAAAUCUGUGUGUCAAGGUAAAUUGUAUAGAGCUGCAACUAACGAUUAUAUUCAUCAUCGAUCUGUCUAUUAUUUUCUCAAUUAAUCGUUUGGUCCAUAAAAUAUCAGAAAACCUUAAGAAAUGUUGAUUGAAUGAUGAUGUUAUCAAAUGUCUUGUUUUGUCCACAAACCAAAAUGAUUAACUUUUAAUGAUUUCGUUGUUUUAUGGAGCAAAGAAAUGAACAAGAAAUCGGAAAUCUUGAUUUAAUCAUGAAAAAAGUUUAGAACAGAUUAUUGAUUAUUAAAAUAGUUGUCGAUUAAUUUAGUAAUCGAUUCAUCGAUUAAUUGUUUCUGCUAUAAAAUUGUACAAUACACAAUAACAGCAGCAGAGGGGAAUGAAUAAGCCAUCAGUGUGCAAUGUGCGUGAAAGAGAAAACGUGUAUUUUUUUUGUGCUUGUUCGGUUCGACUGGGACUAACAACGCAUCAUCAGCCAAUGCUUGGACGAUUUGCUCUAUGUGCUUUUUAUGCUGCACGAGCCAACCACCAAACUCUAUCUUAAAAUCAUGUUUUUUGAAGACAUACAAACUGCACUCACACAGUGCAGCAGUAUGUAUGUCAAUGUUGUUUAGUCAUGACAAUGACGACAAACUGUUUUUUAUCAUAUUGUGAUACUGUCUUUUCUACUUAUCUACUACUUCUUACUACUGAAAAGCACAUUUCUUUAUUUUAUUAGAAUUUUAGCCUGUAAAAAGUUUUAGGAGUUGGGAUUUACUGUAUGUUUUUAAAAAAAUGUUUUUGCUUGUGUUUAAAUUGUAAUAAAACUUCACAAUUCAA